AUGGCCGCAAUGGAUUCUAAGAACGCAUUGAAGACAUGGGAGUUUAGCAAUAACAUGGAAAGUGUCAACUCACAUGAUGAAAUAUAUAGAUACGACAAGCAACAACAACAGGACAUUUUAACAGCAAAGCCAUGGGAAAAAGAUCCUCAUUACUUCAAACAUAUAAAGAUCUCUGCUCUUGCCCUUCUGAAGAUGGUGAUGCAUGCAAGGUCAGGUGGUAACCUUGAAGUCAUGGGUCUAUUGCUAGGGAAGGUUGAUGGUAACACCAUGAUAGUAAUGGACAGCUUCGCUCUUCCAGUCGAAGGAACAGAGACACGAGUGAAUGCCCAGGCCCAGGCUUAUGAAUAUAUGGCUGCCUAUACAGAGUCAGCUAAACAGGUUGGAAGAUUGGAGAAUGCUAUUGGGUGGUACCAUAGUCACCCUGGUUACGGAUGCUGGCUUUCUGGGAUAGACGUCAGUACACAAAUGCUGAAUCAGCAGUUCCAGGAACCAUUUGUAGCCAUUGUGGUGGACCCAGUGAGAACCAUAUCAGCUGGCAAAGUCAAUAUAGGAGCUUUCAGAACAUAUCCUAAAGGAUAUAAGCCACCCGAUGAAAGUCCCUCAGAGUAUCAGUCGAUUCCACUCAACAAGAUUGAGGAUUUUGGUGUACAUUGUAAACAGUACUAUGCUUUAGACGUUUCUUAUUUCAAGUCUGCCCUUGAUAGAAAACUCCUGGAAUCUCUCUGGAAUAAGUACUGGGUCAAUACUCUAAGCUCGUCCAGUCUGCUUACUAAUGCUGACUACACAACUGGUCAGAUAUUUGAUCUAGCAGACAAGCUAGAGCAGUCAGAGGUCCAGUUAGGCCGUGGAGGAUUCAUGCUUGGUAUGGAUUCCCAUGAAAAGAAAUCUGAAGACAAAUUGAUGAAGGCAACAAAGGAUGGGUGUAAACCCACAAUGGAAUCAAUCCAUGGUCUGAUGUCGCAGGUUAUUAAAGACAGACUUUUCAACAGGGUCCACUUGGCUAAAUGAUAAUUUCAUUGUUUACUGAAGUACAUACCUGGUCAAGUGGUCAUGUGAUUGUUGACUGGAAAACACCCAAGAAGCCAUGUGAUAUUUUACUUGAGAACACCUGGCCAUGUAGUCAUGUGACUUUACUGAAGAACACCUGUUCAAAUGAUCUUGUGAAUGUUUACUUGAGAACAUGUACACUUUGCCAAGUGGUCAUAUGACUUUCCUAGACAUUUCACAAAGUGAUCAUGUGACUGUAUACCUGAGAACACCUGGCCAAGUUGAGUGAUCAUGAGAAUGUUUCAUGGAAAACACCAGGUCAAGUGGUGACUGUUAUGUGAUCGACUGUCUACUGGAGACCACCUGACAAAGUUUUCAUAUGACUUUAAUGAAGGAACACUUGGCCAAGUGGUCAUGUGACUGUACACCUGAGAACACUAUCAUGUGACUUUGUAAAAUAGAAAUUGUUCUGUGGAAAUGUUUCAAAGAGCUUAAAUCAUGCUUGACUUUUAAACUAAUCAGGAAUCCAGAAAAAUGUGCAUAUGUGUAUGUGUUGCAAUGGAGCAGAUCAAGCUGACUAGAGUUUUACAUUAAAGUAUGAGAGACAGAGGGAAUCAAUAUGUUAAGUGCUACUCUAUUUAUAAAUUUUUGUGUGGUGGUGUAUGUGUAUGGUCUUUAUGUUCUACUGCAAAACGUCACUAGCCAUUUACUUGUUCUGCCAGUCUUUAAAGAUCAGUAUGAAAUGUCAAAACAUUUUAUAUGUGCUAAUUAUAUGAUAAACUUGCAAAAAUAAAUUGUAUUUGCAUAA